UACUACAGAUAAACGUGCAAUAACGGAAAAGACUAAUAAUCCAACCAGUCAACUUGUAUUGGAGAAAAAUAGAAAAAGUAAAAUGUGUUUACAAAGUUGUGAUACAUCCAAAUUAGUGCAAGUGAAUUCAAAGCCUGAUAACUGUGAUAAAAAUGAAAACUGUCUAGAAACAACUGCAGGAACAGUUACAAAAUUAAACAGUCGGGGACAGUCAGAAUCAAAAUAUUUUACAGGUCAAGAGCACAUUGGCAUGACCUCACCUUUGGGGACCAAAGAUCAAGGUCAUGUGGCUAUAACCACACCUGAAAUUUCUUCCACAAUAAAAACUCCAACCUCUAUGGGUUUAGGGGGCUCACUAAAAGACAGGAUUAAGCGAAGACUUCAGGAAAAUGCUUCAGCUAAACUGGUAAACAGUCCCGGAGCAGUGAUGGAACAGCGACGAGAAGGGGAAGUUUUUGUGGCAACAACAAAGGCUGAACAGAUUGAAAGGGAUGGCACUGACAAUGAUAUUGGUCCUUUCUACGGCCUGUCUUCUAAUGUUAAAACACUUUUACAGCAGCACAGAGGCAUCACCAGUCUUUAUGCAUGGCAGGAUGAGUGUUUAAAUCUGCCUGCUGUACUGGAGGGGAAGAACCUGAUAUACUCCUUACCAACAAGUGGUGGCAAGACCCUGGUGGCCGAGAUUCUCAUAAUGAGGGAACUGCUGUGUAACAAAAGGGAUGCCAUCCUCAUUCUGCCAUUUGUUUCUAUUGUACAGGAAAAAGUCAGAGGCUUGUCUCCUUUUGGAAUUGACCUGGAUUUUCUUGUUGAGGAAUAUGCCGGUAGUAAAGGGAAGUUUCCACCCCUCAAACGCCGCAAGAGACAGUCACUGUACAUUGCCACCAUAGAGAAGGCCCACUCACUAGUCAACAGUCUUAUAGAGAACAACAGGAUGGACAGUCUGGGGCUUGUUGUAGUGGACGAGUUACAUAUGAUUGGUGAAGGAGGCAGUCGAGGGGCAACCUUAGAGUCAACGCUUCUCAAAGUCAUUUAUACUCGAAAGAACACCCAGAUAGUCGGGAUGAGUGCUACCCUCAGUAACAUAUCUGAUCUACAAACAUUUCUUGGGGCUGAGGUCUACUCAAACAACUUUCGACCAGUGGAACUAACAGAAUAUGCCAAACUACAAGAUAACAUUUACCAGGUGAACCCAAAAGCCAAAUGUCCAGAAGACCAACUAGUACAUGAGAGAGUUGUUAUGUUCAAGUACAGCCCUGACAUGACCCGUGUAGAUGGGGACCACCUACUGGGACUUGUGUUGGAGGUGAUUCCAGAGAAGUCCUGUCUUCUUUUCUGUCCUACCAAGAAGAACUGCGAAAAUGUAGCCAUGAUGUUGUGUAAACUCCUGGUCAAACAUCAUCAGUAAGUUUUUACAGCUAAGAGGAUAAGGAGUGUUCCAGAAUUACUUCCUCAUUUUCCUGAUACUCUACAAUACAUAGAAAUAUAUGUUCCUUCAUGUUAUAUAUUAAUAGCCUGUCGUCAUAGCUGGUGGUGAGCUUCACAAUCAUUGAUUGCACUUGUUUAUGGCCUGUCAUCAUAGCUGGCUAUUGAAAUUGCUCUAUGUCUGUGGUCUGUCUGUUCUGAAACAAUCCCUGUUUUUUCUAUUUCUUGAGAAGUACUGGAAGAAUUUUUCUUAAACAUCAUAAUUAUUUGGGUUCCCCUUAGUCCCUGGUUGUGCCCAUUUGAUUUUGAGUCUAAUGCAGAAAAACAAAAUUGCUCACAGUUGAAGUUUCGCAGUGCUAUUUCAAAUUCAAAGAAAGUUCUUCCUAGACCUCUUAGAUUUUAUAUGUAUGUUCUCCUUGUUGUCAAAUCAUUAAAGAAGACCAAAGAAAAGAUC